GCAGGUACCGGUUGAGCAAGAAACGGAGGAAUAUGCAACUGGGGUCGUUAGCGAUUGUUGUGGGCACCGUACUGCUCGAGAUGGUAUGCGGUGUUCCGUAUGCAACGACACGUUACGGUAAGCUGCAAGGCUUCAACUAUGAAAUGAAGACUGGCACUGAGGCUAAAGUGUUCCUGGGAAUACCGUAUGCUCUACCGCCCACCGGUGAUCUACGUUAUGAGCCAACUCGUUCAAUUCGACCAUGGAAAGGUACGGAAAAGAUGAAAACAUUCGGUCCAUCGUGUUUUCCGCACGACAAAAAUGCCCUCACCAGGGAUCUGCAAUACAGCGAGAUCUGUCUAUCGUUGAAUGUUAUGGCACCACUUCGCAAGAGUGUCGAAGAGGAUGGUUAUCCGGUCAUAGUGUAUAUUCAUGGCGGUGGAUUUGAGAUUGGAAGUUCAGCAAGUUUUGAUUACAAGAAUCUUUGCGAUACUUUUGUUAGUCGAGGAAUUGUCUUCGUUACGUUCAACUAUCGUGUUGGAUUCCUCGGAUUUUUGACAACUGGUGAUAAUGCGAUGCCCGGAAAUGCGGGGCUCUGGGAUCAAGUUCAGGCACUGACCUAUAUCAAGGAAAAUAUCGCUGCGUUCGGUGGUGAUCCAGAACGGAUCACCAUUAUGGGUCAUAGUGCUGGAGGAGCCAGUGUUGGGGCGUUGUCGUUAUCACCACACUCCAACUAUCUAUUCCAGCAAACAAUCAGUUUAAGUGGUUCACCGUUUAAUGAAUUCGCAAGAAGUGAAACUACUGUGGACGAUAGCCUUGAUUUGAUUCGAGCGGUUGGAUGCCAUAAGGAACAUUCUAAACUUUCCAAAGAAUGCAUGAAACAGAAAUCAAUCGUUGAAUUGUUCAAUGGAGUCGAUAAAAUAGGACCGGGACGUGCCAUCGAAAGUGGUAUCAAAUUUCAUCCGCAUUUCGAUGAGAGUUUCUUCCCGAAACCGUUGGAGCAACUUUUAAAAGAAGCACCUCAUAAGCCAAGUUUGGUCGGUGUCACGAACUCCGAAGCGGCCAUUUAUGUUUUCUUCGAGAGCAAGAUCAUGUGGCACAUGGAUAUAUCACCGUCGAAAGCAUCCACAUUCUCGGCCAAUGAUCUCAUCGAAUAUAUCAAAGAGAAAAUCGCUCCUGAGGAAGAAUUUGGCAGUGCAGCUAAGCAGUUUCAACGGCAGUUAAUCGAGUUCUUUGUGGAGCGAGACGUUCCCAGCAAUGCCGGUCGUGAAUUCUACCUGUCGAGAGCCGUCGAUCUGGUGAGCGAUAUAGUCUUCAACAUGGGCAUAUACUACGAAGUGACGUCGAAGGCUGCACAAAAGUGGCCCACCUACUUCUUCGUGCAAGACUAUCAUCAUACUGAUCCAAAACUUCCUUAUCAAGGUAUUCUUCAAUCUUCAUUCCGCAUCCGGCCAUUCCAAUCUCACUGA